AUGGGCGAAGGGCUGCGCCCACAUGUACUCGGCUUGGUGCCCCCGCUGAUUUUCGUAAUGAAUCGAGAAAAAGGACCGAAAACACUUCUCGAAAAUACUGCAAUAACUCUCGGUCGUUUGGGUAUCAGCUGCGCCAUUGAAGUAGCACCAUUUUUACCACAAUUUAUCCGUCCAUGGUGUCUGGCAUUGCGCAAUAUUCGUGACAAUGAAGAGAAGGAGAGCGCAUUCAGAGGUCUUUGUAAUAUGAUCAGUCUCAAUCCGGCCGGAGUGCUUGCGGAGUUUAUCUUUCUGUGCGAUGCGAUUGCGUCUUGGAAUAAUCCACAGCCCGAACUGAAAAUGAUGUUCUCGAGGGUACGUUUUUGA